AUGAUAGAGGAAUUAAUCAGACUACAGAACUGGAGACCUCACGGUGUCUGUAGUACCUUCUCUGGAGACUUCCUGGUUAUCUUGCUCAGUGAUGAUAACAAACAAACAAAAGUUGUCCGUUGUUUUAGCUCUAAUCAGAAACAAACUAUUCAGUUUGAUGAUAAUGGUAGACCUCUCUUUUCAUCUGGUUCUCAUUAUUACAGAUUUAUAACUGAGAACAGGAACCUGGAUAUCUGUGUAUCUGAUGAUGGAGCUAAAGCAGUAGUGGUGGUCAAUCAGGCUGGAAAACUAAGAUUCAGGUACACUGGGCAUACAAAGAAAGGAUCAUUUACUCCACGAGGAAUCACCACAGACAGUCAGAGUCACAUCCUUACAGCUGAUAAUACAUAUUACAACGACUUUGUCCACAUUAUUGACCAGGAUGGACAGUUCCUCCGUUACAUAAACUGUGGACUGAGAUAUCUUUUGAGACUGUGUACGGAUUCAAAUGACAAUCUGUUUGUUGCUCAAUGUGGAAACAACCAAGUGAAGAAAAUCAAAUAUCUUCAGUGA